AUGGUCAGCAUCCAUUGCCUCGCCUCCACCUCUCGUCCAGCUGUAUUACAGUAUCCCUUCACUCGUGCUCUCCCUCUCAUCGGCGUACCUGCAGGUCCAGUCCCCGUGAUCGCCCCAGAGAGCUUAAGAGUCAUAAGGCUGCCUUGGCUGUUAACACCGAAGCCUGUCUUCCAUACUUUGGCGGAUUGA